GUUUACUCUUCAAUCCAAUUUGUUUCUUCCCCCCUUUGGCCAAAAUGUAGACUACAUUCAACCACCAACCCAAAGUGCGGUGGGUGCCAACUGCCAAAAAACCCAAUGGCCAUAGCUUCCUUCCAAGCAUCUGAGCAAACGACCACGCCACGAAAUACGGAGUGUAUAUAUCUAUCAAAGCAACCAAUAUCCAUCGUCCACGUGUCCCAAUCACAGCCGCCCGUCAAUAUUAGCUUCGCCCAUUUAUCUUCUUCCUCCCCUCGUCACUGAAUAUUCAGUCCACAGAUCUCUCCGCCAUGGCCGCCGCAGCUCACAGAUUCUUCCUAUUGUUCCUCUGCUUCCGGCUCGCCGUUUCAUCGGAGGAGCUUCAGGAGACGUUUAUCGUCCACGUGGCGAAGUCCGAGAAGCCUGGCGUUUUCUCUACUCACGAGGGCUGGUUUUCUUCCAUCGUCCGGAGACUUUCUCCGCUCUCCCGCCGCCGGUCCGAGCUCUUGUACACCUACGGGCGCGCCGCGCACGGGUUCUCUGCUCGGCUGACGCGAUUCCAGGCGAGUGAGCUGCAGAACGUUCCCGGCGUGAUCUCCGUCCUGCCGGAUCAAGUCCGCCGCGUCCACACGACGCACACGCCUCAGUUUUUGGGGCUGUCGCAGUCAUUUGGGAUCUGGCCCAACGCAGAAUACGCGGACGAUGUCAUAGUGGGGGUUCUGGACACCGGGAUCUGGCCGGAGCGACCGAGCUUCUCCGACGAAGGACUCUCUUCUGUCCCUUCAGGCUGGAAGGGGAAAUGCGAGGUCGGUCCUGAUUUUCCCGAAGGUUCGUGCAAUCGGAAAAUCAUAGGCGCUCGUACUUUUUACAGAGGCUAUGAAGCUGCUCUCGGAAGGCCGAUGGACGAAUCGGAAGAAUCAAAAUCCCCGAGAGACACUGAAGGCCACGGCACGCACACAGCCUCCACAGCAGCUGGAUCGGUGGUGGCGAAUGCGAGUCUGUUCGAGUAUGCGCGGGGUGAAGCCAGAGGAAUGGCUGUUAAGGCGAGAAUUGCGGCUUACAAAAUCUGCUGGAGCUCAGGCUGUUACGAUUCCGAUAUACUCGCUGCCAUGGAUCAAGCUGUGGAAGAUGGAGUUCACUUGAUUUCCCUGUCCGUUGGAUCAUCCGGCUACGCUUCUCCCUACGAUCGUGAUUCCAUUGCAAUUGGUGCUUUUGGUGCGGCGGCGCACGGCGUUCUCGUCUCCUGCUCUGCCGGAAAUUCCGGCCCCAGCCCGUCUACGGCGGUGAACAUUGCGCCUUGGAUUCUCACCGUCGGUGCUUCCACUAUCGAUCGUGAGUUCCCAGCCGACGUGAUAUUAGGUGAUGGCAGGAUAUUCAGUGGCGUCUCGCUGUACUCCGGUGAAUCUCUAGGGGAAAGCAAACUUCCUGUAGUCUACGGCGGUGAUUGCGGAAGCAAGUACUGUUAUUCCGGUGAACUUAACACCUCAAAGGUCACCGGGAAGAUCGUGCUGUGCGAUCGAGGAGGAAAUGCCAGAAUCGCAAAAGGCGGAGCAGUGAAGGACGCCGGAGGCGCCGGAAUGAUACUUGCUAACCUGGCCGAUUCAGGCGAAGAGCUUGUGGCCGACGCGCAUCUAAUUCCGGCGUCAAUGGUCGGUGUAACCGCCGGAGACGAAAUACGGACCUACGUGAGAUCCGAUCCGUCCCCCACUGCCACAAUCUCAUCCCGCGGAACCGUGAUCGGAACCUCACCGCCGGCGCCGCGUGUUGCCGCUUUCUCAAGCCGUGGACCGAACCACGUGACACCUGAAAUCCUUAAACCGGAUGUCAUUGCACCCGGAGUGAACAUUCUCGCCGGCUGGACCGGCGCGGUAGGGCCGGCCGAUCUGGAUAUCGACCGGAGAAGAGUGGAGUUCAACAUCAUCUCCGGCACCUCCAUGUCGUGUCCCCACGCAAGCGGAUUGGCUGCUCUGCUUCGGAAGGCCCAUCCGGAGUGGACCCCAUCCGCCAUUAAAUCCGCCCUCAUGACAACCACUUAUAAUCUGGACAAUUCCGGCAGCAAUUUUACCGACCUUGCCACUGGCAAAGAAUCAAACCCGUUUGUCUACGGGUCCGGGCACGUGGAUCCAAACCGGGCACUUAAUCCCGGUUUGGUUUACGAUCUGGCCGUGAGCGAUUACGUGGACUUUUUGUGCUCCAUUGGGUACGACAACAAAAGAAUCUCGGUGUUCGUAAAGGGCAACACUUCAGUGGAUUGCAGCACACGGGAUCUGGGAACGCCCGGAUCUCUGAACUACCCAUCCUUCUCCGUUAUUUUUCGUGGUAAUAAAAGCGAGGUAAAGUACAAGAGGUCACUCACUAACGUAGGGAGCGAGAAGGACGUCGUCUACGCGGUAAAAGUGAAUGCCCCGCCGGGCGUGGAGGUGAGCGUGUCGCCCACCAAGCUCGCGUUUGACGAGGAGCACAAUACGUUGCCGUACGAAAUCACAUUCAAGAGUAGUGUUGGAUUCAACGGGGUCAAACCGUCGUCGUCGUUCGGAUCGAUUGAAUGGGCCGAUGCGGCGCACCGGGUUAGAAGCCCGAUCGCAGUAGUCUGGAGUCUCGGGUCAGAGCUCGCUGCAAUGUGAAUCGAUUACCAAAUUUAUCCUCUUUGGAUAGUGGCCUAAGUUACGUGAUUGUCUGCCAAAAAAACAAAAAGAGUUUGGGCGGAUUAAAGCAAAGAUUUGCGGUAUAAAAGACGAUUGAAUGUGGAAGGAGAUGUCGGGAUUGAAAUGAUAAAUGGCCAUUGUAAUUUAAGUAGCAGUGUUUAUAUUUAAAUGUUAUGAAUAAAUAUGAAGUGACAGGUGAAUUUAAAUUUGUUAACAAUACCCUUUGCAAGGCCCAAAUAAUAUGGAUUGCCAAUG